CAGAGUUUAGGCUGAGCCAGAGGCUUCCAUAGAACGAGGCUCUCUGCUGUAGCUCUCUGAAGCUGCAGAAGGGUUGCUUAAGAGGUAUUAGUUUUAAAGUUUCUGUCUUUUAAAUUGUAUCCCAUCAGUUUCAAUUAUAACAAUGACUCAGAUAACAUCAGUAGGUGUCCAGAACUGUGGCUGACUCUGGAAAUCCCAAAACGAACAAAUCAAGGUUCCGGCUCCCAAGGCCUCCUUAACUGGGUGUGUGAACUUGAAGUAUUGCCGUGCUGAGCACUGAGCCACCUGAGGCGAGAGAGGAGCGUGUGCACCGAUGUGGCUGGAGGCCCACCUGCAAGAGCUCCCCUGUGUAAACCCCAGGAUCUCUUCCAGGAUGCCACAGUACAGUUGAUGGUCAUGUCUCCUCUUGGCUGUGACAGUUACUCAGACUUUCAUUAUUUUUGAUGACCUUGACAGUUUUGAGGAGUACUGGUCAGGGUCAGUUCUGGCUGAGGAAUGAAAGACAACGGCCACCACGUUCCACGAUACCACCAGGGCAGUAAUUCUCAGUUCACUGUGGGAAACAUGAAGAAAGGAGUCAUUGACAUGGAAAAGUACCUAUUCACGCUGGAGGAUCUGCUCCUUGGAGAAAUCUUGAGGAACAUUGUUUUAAGAUAGCUGAUCAGCUUCCUUGGAUUUUGCUGAUGACCCAGGAGAGCUUUGCCUGAAGAUGGAAACACUGGAGUCGGAGCUGACCUGCCCUAUUUGUCUGGAGCUCUUUGAGGACCCUCUCCUGCUACCCUGUGCACACAGCCUCUGCUUUAACUGUGCCCACCGCAUCCUGGUGUCACACUGCGCCACCAACGAGUCCGUGGAGUCCAUCACUGCCUUCCAGUGCCCCACCUGCCGACAUGUCAUCACGCUCAGCCAGCGAGGUCUAGACGGACUCAAGCGCAACGUUACCCUGCAGAACAUCAUCGACAGGUUCCAGAAGGCAUCCGUGAGCGGGCCCAAUUCCCCUAGCGAGACCCGCCGGGAGCGGGCAUUCGACGCCAACACCAUGACCUCCGCCGAGAAAGUACUCUGCCAGUUCUGUGACCAGGAUCCUGCCCAGGACGCUGUGAAGACCUGUGUCACUUGUGAAGUGUCCUACUGUGAUGAGUGCCUGAAAGCCACUCACCCAAACAAGAAGCCCUUUACAGGCCAUCGUCUGAUUGAGCCAAUUCCGGACUCGCACAUCCGGGGGCUGAUGUGCCUGGAGCACGAGGAUGAGAAGGUGAAUAUGUACUGUGUGACCGAUGACCAGUUAAUCUGUGCCUUGUGUAAACUGGUUGGGCGGCACCGAGAUCAUCAGGUGGCAGCUUUGAGUGAGCGCUAUGACAAAUUGAAGCAAAACUUAGAGAGUAACCUCACCAGCCUCAUCAAGAGGAAUGCGGAGCUGGAGACCCUUUUGGCUAAACUCAUCCAAACCUGUCAGCAUGUGGAGGUCAAUGCAUCACGUCAAGAAGCCAAAUUGAUGGAGGAGUGUGAUCUUCUCAUUGAGAUCAUUCAGCAGAGACGACAGAUUAUUGGAACCAAGAUCAAAGAAGGGAAGGUGAUGAGGCUUCGCAAACUCGCUCAGCAGAUUGCAAACUGCAAGCAGUGCAUCGAGCGGUCGGCGUCCCUCAUCUCCCAAGCGGAACACUCUCUGAAGGAGAAUGAUCAUGCGCGGUUCCUGCAGACGGCUAAGAAUAUCACCGAGAGAGUCUCCAUGGCAACUGCAUCAUCCCAGGUUCUAAUUCCUGAAAUCAACCUCAAUGACACAUUCGACACCUUUGCCUUAGAUUUUUCCAGAGAGAAGAAGUUGCUAGAAUGUCUGGAUUACCUUACAGGACUCCUCAGUCCUAAUCGAAGUUUAGAGCAGGAAAGAACUCUGCAGUAG